AUGGACGUCACUUCCGCUGUCAAACGUCUCCGCCAAGGCCAGAAGCCUGUGUUCCCAGAUAAUGCCGAGAGGCUCGACUUCGCGCAAUCUCUCGAUAACAGCAAUCACAUCCUCCAGACUUUCAGAGAUCAAUUUGUCGUGCCAACGAAAGCUCAACUGAAGCGCAAGACUCUCGGAGAUGACAAGGAAACAGCAGCUCCUGCUUCGGCUGCCGAAGAUGAAAGCAUAUACUUCUGCGGCAACUCGCUCGGCCUCCAACCCAAAGCCGUCGGCGAACAUCUCAGUGCAUACCUGAACACAUGGGGCUCCAUAGCGGUCGGCGGUCACUUCACACAACUAGAGGACUCGCCGAUCACGCCUUUCCAGGACAUGGCCGCAGCCUGCUCAGAGAAGAUGGCCGACAUCGUUGGCGCGAGUCCCAGCGAAAUUGUGGCAAUGAACACCCUCACAAUCAACCUCCACCUCAUGAUGGCCGCGUUCUACAAGCCUUCCGGAAAGAAGACCAAGAUCAUGUGCGAAUGGCGACCGUUCCCCUCAGACUGGUAUGCCAUCGAAUCUCAAAUCGAAUGGCACGGCAUCAAUCCCAAGGAGGCAAUGUUGACCGUCGCGCCCGAAAACGGAUAUCUGAUCACAACCGACCAAAUCCUCCGCCUCAUCGACGAAAACAAAGACGAACUGGCCCUCAUCCUCCUCCCAGGCAUCCAAUACUACUCAGGCCAACUCCUCGACAUCCCAACCAUCACCGCCCACGCCAAAUCCCUCAACCUCACCAUCGGCUGGGACCUCGCCCACGCAGCAGGAAACGUCGAACUCCGCCUCCACGACUGGAACGUAGAUUUCGCGUGCUGGUGUACAUACAAAUACAUGAACUCCGGCGCCGGCUCCAUCGCAGGAGCCUUCAUCCACUCGAAACACGGCAACAACAACCGCAACGUCGGCCUCAAGGGCUGGUACGGACACGACAAAUCCUCUCGUUUCCUCAUGGACAACAACUUCAUCCCCACCCCCGGAGCCCAAGGUUUCCAAUGCUCGAACCCUUCCGUCGUCGACUUGACGUGUCUCAAAGCCUCCCUUUCCGUCUUCGCACAAACCUCAAUGUCUGACCUCCGCUCCAAAUCUUUGCUGCUUACCGCUUACGCCGAACACCUCUUGACACGGAUCGCGGCACGCAAUGUCAAAGACGGCGCAUGGCCUUUCCAGAUCAUCACGCCGAGUGAUCCGAGGGAACGUGGUGCGCAGUUGAGUGUUUUGUUGCAGGAGGAUUUCAUGGAAGAUGUCAGUGCGGCGCUGGUGCGAGGGGGUGUUAUCUGUGAUAAACGGAAACCUGGAAUUAUUCGAGUCGCGCCCGCGCCGCUUUAUAAUACUUUUGAGGAUGUUUGGAGGUUUAUGCGGAUUUUUGAGGGCGCUUUGAAGGGGAAGAGUGAGGGGAAGGGGGGGGAGGAGGAGGUUAAGGCUGGGUAG